CUUCACCCCUAACCCCAGCAACUUUGGAGGGACCACUGUACUUGUUUAUGGGAAGCAUUCACAGCAGCGUUGUCUCUGUUUGUUCUUGAGAAAGCCACCUUGGUUGCUUUGAGGGCUUUCUGGAAGGUGACUCGACUGCCUUGCUCUUUUCCCUCGGGGCGUUCUGGUUUCUUUUCAUCAACAGCUGUGCACCUCUGACUGUUUUCUUGGUUACGAGUUCAAGAUGGGCAGGAGGAAGUUGCGGUCUCUCUGUAUCCUGUUCCCACUCUUGCUUAAGAGUAAAGGCUGCUGCUCUGCGUCAGCUUUGCAAAUGGCUGCCCUUAGCCAGGAACCUGUUAGAGAUCCAUAGCGUGCGGUGAGGCAAGAGGCGUGGGACUCUGUUGAGCUGGGACCGGCUUUGCAAGCGCCCCACCCAAGAAAAUCCUUAGAUACUCCAUGGAGAACGAGCCUGGAAUCGUGUCCCCUUUCAAGCGCGUCUUCCUGAAAGGUGAAAAGGGUCGGGAUAAGAAGGCCCAGGAAAAGGUGACGGAAAGGCGGCCCCUCCACACAGUGCCCCUCUCCCUGCCUGACCGCGUGGAGCCGGACAUCCUCUUGAAUGACUACAUUGAAAAGGAAGUCAAGUAUUUAGGUCAAUUGACAUCUGUUCCAGGGUACCUGAAUCCCUCCAGCCGAACUGAAAUACUGCAUUUAAUCGACAAUGCAAAGAGGGCACAUCAGCUUCCAGGCCAGCUGACCCAAGAACACGAUGCUGUGAUCAGUCUCUCCGCCUACAACGUCAAGCUGGUGUGGCGAGAUGGUGAAGAUAUCAUCCUCAGGGUUCCUAUCCAUGACAUCGCUUCGGUUUCCUACAUCCGCGACGACUCCCUACACUUGGUGGUGUUAAAAACAGCUCAGGACCCCGGGAUGUCCCCCAGCCAGAGUCUUUGUGCUGAAAGCUCAAAAGGGCUCACAACAGGGUCGCUCUCGGAGAGCGGAGUGGUCCCCGUGGAAGCUUGUUGCCUGGUGGUCCUGGCGACGGAGAAUAAAGUCUCUGCUGAGGAACUCUGCUCCCUUCUCAGCCAAGUCUUCCAUAUUGUUUACACUGAGUCCACCAUAGACUUCCUAGACAGAGCAAUAUUUGAUGGGGCCUCCACGCCAACCCGACAUCUGUCCCUGCACAGUGAUGACUCUUCGACAAAAGUGGAUGUUAAAGAUUCCUAUGAAACAGAAGCAAGCACUUUUUCUUUCCCUGAGUCCUUGGAGACUGGUGGCAACUCUCCUUCUUCCUUCUCGGCCCAGCCCUCUCCCAACGCCAAGACAGCCAGUGAAAGUGAGCUGAGCACCACUGCGACAGAGCUGCUCCAGGACUACAUGAUGACGCUACGAACAAAGCUCUCCUCUCACGAGAUCCAGCAGUUCGCAAUGCUUUUGCACGAAUAUCGCAAUGGGGCUUCCGUGCAUGAGUUCUGUGUCAACCUACGACAGCUCUAUGGGGAUAGUCGAAAGUUCCUUCUCUUAGGCCUUAGACCAUUCAUCCCUGAAAAGGACAGCCAAUAUUUUGAAAACUUCCUAGAAACCAUCGGUGUGAAGGACGGGCGAGGCAUCAUCACAGACAGUUUUGGGAGGUACAGGCGGACAGUGAGCACCACCUCCAACUCCACUACCAAUGGCAACGGGGCUGCAGGGAGUUCGGAUGACCAGUCGGUGCCCUCAGAGGGAGACGAGUGGGACCGGAUGAUCUCAGACAUAAGCAAUGACAUCGAAGCGCUCGGGUGCAGCAUGGACCACGAUUCUUCCUGAACAGGAGUAGCGGGAGAGAAAAGAGGUCGCUCAGUCCCUUGCUUUUCCUCUCUUCCUUAUUGCCAUGUUACAAAAUGUUUGCCCUAGGCUGAAGCCAAAAGGGUGAAUGCCUGUGGCAUCACCCUUCUCUGGCCUUUGCCAGUUUGAUGCUCAUCUUGUGCUAUAGCCAAUGGUCUCUUCUAUGAAGGAACGAGAGUGAGCAAGCCACCAGAGAGAAACUGGUCCAGACUGCUGGUCCUGGGAGGAGGGAGCCUGACAGCUUCGCCUGGUGUCUUACUCUCCCCUUGUUGGGGAAGUCAUGAAUGCAAGAGAGAAGGAGAAGAUGGGUGUUGCUGAGGCUGCUGCCCAACCCACAAGAACCAACCAGCCUAACAGUUUUGCACAUGACAUUUCUGACCAUUUCUUCUCCAUUUUGGUGUGUGCGUUUUUUAACAUGAAGUUUUAUCACAAUGUGAAUAACUUAAUAUUACAUGUGUUUCUCAUGACAUUUCUGACUGAAACCAGAAGGUGGCCUUGGUUGUGAAGCUUAGGCCUCUGUGUUCUAAGGGCGAAAUAAGCUUCCUUCACCCCGACUCUGGCCAACUGACCUUUUUCCCCUCCUCAGCAGCCAGGAUAGGUCGGGUGACCUUAACUACCUGGUUGAUGUGCCAUUUAUCUCCAGCUUUGGUGCCUGUCACUGGGUUGCGUUGGGAAGACUUAACUGGAAUGCGAUAACCCCAGUUGAGAAAUUCUGGCAGGCCUCUGCAAGAUAGCGCACAUCACCUUUUAGCAAAGCCAAAAUGCCUCCAGGCUAACCCAACAAAAUCCCAAGUGUAAGUAGAGCAUGGUAGCAUUUCCUUAUCCUAGUUUAAAAGACACAUCUUUUAGUUAAAAGCAACCUCCCCUUCCCAGUUUUGGUCUUUACAUGGAAUCUGGUUUCCUGCAAAGUUUGGUGCUACCAUUUGUACUUGGGGCAUUGAGGGGUCUGGAGUUUGUUUUGCAAGAGGAGUGGCUUUUUGGGCACUGGUCGGUUUUUUUAUGUGUGUGUCUUGCUGAAAAAUAAUGUAUCCGGAGAGACCUGAGCCUGGGCUGGAUAUCAGGCAUCCGUUGUCUUCAGAGAUUGAAGACAUGGGUCUCUUCCACUUUGAGGCAACUUUUUGGGCAUUCAGUGCCCACUCGGAGUCCUUGCGUGGAUGGAAUCCAUUGCUCUUUAGAUAGGAGAGCUGAGAGCAAGCUAAAGGGUGGGCCAAACUCUCGAGUUUGUGUUGUUGCUUUUUUUAAAGGGACAAGGUGGAAGAGAAAUAUACAUAAUGUAUAUGUGCUGUAUAUAUUAUACAUAUAAAUGCACAGUUAUUUUUAUAUGUGUACUUCAUGCCACACAGUCUCUGCUGGCUACUAUUAUAAACUGACCUGUAGGCUAUUUUAACUCUUGGA